GUGACGUAAGCGGACAAAGGCGGCGCGCGCCGCGAGGUGUCCCUUCUGGCCGAGGUUGGAAGGAGCUGGUCGUGGGCUGGUGGGGUCUUCGUCGCCGCCGCCGCCGCCCUCCCUUCCUUUUCCCCGUCCUUUUCUCCCGAGUCCCGGGAGCCCCCGCGUGGGGAGGCGCUGCUGCUGACUCUGGUGCCUGAGCAGAGACACGGCAGGUGACAGCAUGACGAGCGAGGUGAUCGAGGAUGAGAAACAGUUCUACUCCAAGGCCGAGACGUACUGGAAGGAGAUCCCGGCCACCGUGGACGGCAUGCUCGGGGGGUACGGCCACAUCUCCAGCAUCGACAUCAGCAGCUCCCGGAAGUUCCUGCAGAGGUUCCUGAGGGAAGGCCCGAACAAGACGGGAACCUCGUAUGCCCUGGACUGCGGCGCCGGCAUCGGAAGGAUCACCAAGCGGCUGCUCUUGCCUCUCUUCGGAGUGGUGGACAUGGUGGACGUGACGGAGGACUUCCUGGUCAAGGCUAAGACCUACCUGGGCGAGGAAGGCAAGAGAGUGAGGAACUUCUUCUGCUGCGGCCUCCAGGACUUCAGCCCAGAGCCUCACUCUUACGACGUCAUCUGGAUCCAGUGGGUGAUAGGCCACCUGACGGAUGAGCACCUGGCCGAGUUCCUGCGGCGCUGCAAGCGGGGCCUGCGCCCCAACGGCAUCAUCGUCAUCAAGGACAACAUGGCCCAGGAGGGCGUGAUCCUGGACGACGUGGACAGCAGCGUGUGCCGGGACCUUGACGUGGUCCACAGAAUCAUCCGCAGUGCGGGCCUCAGCCUCCUGGCCCAGGAGCGGCAGGAGAACCUCCCGGACGAGAUCUACCACGUCUACAGCCUGGCCCUGAGAUGAGCAGGGCUGGCAGGAGAGAGGGACCAGUGUGGGGCGGGGGGACUGGCAGCCAGGUGAGGUCCGGAAACUCCACGUCGAUGGUUCGAGAGUGCUGAGCGGGGCCGCUAAAUAUACCUGUCUGCCGUCCACU